AUGAGUGGAGUGGGAAUUGAUAUUGGAAAUGAGAAUUGUGUGAUUGCUGCAGUGAAGCAAGGUAGGAUUGAUGUUUUAUUGAAUGAUGAAUCCAAACGUGAAACCCCUGCGGUGGUUUGCUUUGGGGAGAAGCAAAGGUUUUUAGGCUCAGCUGGUGCUGCUUCUGCUAUGAUGCACCCCAAGUCCGCAAUAUCUCAAGUGAAGAGACUAAUAGGUAGGAGAUAUGCGGACCCUGAUGUUCAAAAUGAGUUGAAAAUGCUCCCUGUUGAAACCUCGGAAAGUACAGAUGGUGGCAUUCUAAUGCACUUGAAAUACUUGAAGGAGAGUUAUGUGUUUACCCCGGUUCAAAUAGUAGCAAUGCUCUUUGCACACUUGAAGACUAUGGCUGAAAAAUAUUUUGGGACCACUUUUUCUGACUGUGUUAUUGGGGUUCCAUCGUACUUCACCAACUUGCAGAGACAAGCUUAUCUCAACGCAGCAGCAAUUGCAGGGUUGAAGCCUUUGAGGUUGAUCCAUGAUUGCACUGCAACUGCUCUUAGUUUUGGAGUUUACAAAACAGAUUUUGCUAGUGAAGCUCCUAUUUAUGUUGCAUUUGUUGACAUUGGUCAUUGUGACACUCAGGUUUCUAUUGCAGCUUUUCAGGCUGGUCAAAUGAAGAUACUCUCGCAUGCUUAUGACUGGAGUUUAGGGGGGAGAGACUUUGAUGAGGUUCUAUUUAGUCAUUUUGCUGCAAAAUUUAAUGAACAGUACAACAUCGAAGUGUAUUCUAAUGUCAGGGCAUGUAGGAGGCUGCGUGUAGCAUGUGAGAAGUUGAAGAGGGUUUUAAGUGCAAAUCCAGAGGGUGAUCUAAGCAUUGAGUGCUUGAUGGAUGAAAAAGAUGUUAAGGGAUCUAUCACAAGGGAAGAAUUUGAGAAUUUGGCAUCAGGAUUAUUGGAGAGAAUUAAUGGUCCUUGCAACAAAGCAUUGGCUGAUGCAGCCUUGACAGUAGAAAAGAUUAAUUCUGUUGAAUUAGUUGGUUCAGGUUCACGGAUUCCAGCUAUAACUAUAAAAUUAACUUCUCUAUUUAAGAGAGAAGUCAGCCGCAGAUUGAAUGCAAGUGAGUGUGUAGCUCGUGGUUGUGCUCUCCAGUGUGCAAUGCUCAGUCCUUCUUUCCGUGUCAAAGAAUAUAAGGUCCAGGAUUCUAUUCCUUUUUCCAUUGGACUUUCUUCUGAUAGAAAGCCAAUUCGUUCAGUAUUGGAUAGUGUACUCUUCCCAAAAGGCCAACCCAUUCCAAGUGUUAAAAUUCUCACAUUUCAGUACAGUGAUUUGCUCCGUUUGGAAGCCUUCUAUGUCAAUCCAGAUGAAUUACCACCCGGAACUUCUCCUCAAAUUAGUUGCUUCACAAUUGGUCCUUUCCAUGGAGCCCGUGGAAGUAAGUCAAGAAUCAAAGUUCAUGUUCAACUAAAUUUGCAUGGCAUUAUCGGUAUUGAAUCAGUUACAUUGGAUGAAGAUCAUGUGAAUGAUUCAGUUACAACAGAUGGUUCUCAUUCAAAUUCUGAAACAAUCAAUAUUAAACCUGUUUCUGAGACUAUUGAAAAUGCCUCAGAAGAUAGUAUCAAUAAAAAGUGUGAAGCUCCAUGUCAUUCUGCUGAUGGUACAAGAAAAGAUAAAGCUAACAGAAGGCUUCAAGUGCCAGUGAGUGAAAACAUUUAUGGUGGAAUGACCAAGGCUGAGAUAUUGGAAGCUCAAGAAAAAGAACUCCAGUUAGCCGAUCAAGACAGAACUAUUGAGCUAACCAAAGACAGGAAGAAUUUGUUGGAGUCUUUUAUUUAUGAAACAAGGAGUAAGAUAUUCAGCACAUAUCUAAGCUUUUCUAGUGAACAAGAGAGGAAAGACAUAUCUAGGAGCCUGAAAGAGACCGAGGAUUGGCUUUAUGAUGAUGGAGAUGAUGAAACUGUAGAUGCUUAUUCUGCAAAACUGAAAGAUCUAAAACAGCUGGUGGAUCCAAUUGAGUAUCGAUAUAACGACACAGAAGCGAGACCACAAGCUACAAGAGAUUUGUUAAGUUGCAUUGUAGAGUAUCGAAUGUCAGCAGAUUCUCUUCCACCCCAAGAUAAAGAACAGAUCAUAAAUGAGUGCAGUAAAGCAGAGCAGUGGCUAAGAGAGAUGAUGCAACAACAAGAUCUUUACCCGAAAAACUUUGAUCCAGUAUUGUUGUCAAGUGAUAUCAAGAGCAAGACAGAGGAUUUAAAUUCAGUAUGCCAACAGAUAUUGAGAUUCAAGGGUUCUCCAAUUCCAACAGAGGGUGAAGAAGACAAGAAGAAUACAUCUAAUCAUCAAUGA